AUGCUGGUUGUUGUAGGUGGAGCCCUCCCUCAGUAUGGACGGCUGAAGACCCUCCUGUGUUGUCUCCAUUUUCUCCUUUGCAAAGAUGUCAAAGAGUUCGGACAGGGGAAGAAACCUCGAUUUUUCUGGGUAAACGAGAUAACUAGAGAAAUCACCUACCCUCCGCUGAGGGCAGACACACCCGCAGCUUCUCCAGCUCCGGUAGAGAAGCCAGGAGAGAGACCCAGAUCUCAGCGCGGGAGCGUGCAGGGGGGAGUCCUCCCGGCGCCCAGGGCUCAGCCAGCACACGCGCAGAAGGCCGCGCCUCCACGCCGUCCCAGGGCUUCACUGGAAGAGACUGGCUCCCGAAACUCCGUCCCAACUACACCGACCCAUCUCUCCCGGCCAAAGCUGGAGCCCGGAGCCCCACGCUGUUCUCAGCAAUUCCUGUCACCAUCUCACCGCCAGGAGGCGCUCCACUGCCAUUCGGCCCCCUUGGGCUAGCGCCUCUGCCACAAGCCUCUACCUUUCCUCCCAGCCCUUCUGUGCGCCCCCUGCACCUUCACCUGCAAGCUGAAAAACGUCCUUACUGGGAAUAACCGAUUUUCCUUCUGAGCCUGAGAGAAUGUGCCGGGGCACGCCCUCUGAGCAUCUGUCUGAGCCAUUGUCGCCUGCCACCUGUACGCCUUCAUGCCCUGCAAGGACCAUUCCGCCUCCCCUGCAAGCACUCAGGACCCUCUGUGGAAUUCUUAUAGGAAUGUGCCCAGUGUUUUCAAACACCAUAUAAAUUUAACUUAGAUUUUGACACAUAAUGUUUUCUAGAACGUCCUUUACCUCUUGAGACAUCUUGGUGUUUUUAGCUCUUUGGGGUUCAAGAAUCCA